AGUGGGCGGAGCCGAGAAACCGAAAGAGAAAGCGGGCUGGGCGCAGAGGACCUCGGGCGCCGGGAUGAAGCCUCACGCGGCCAGCCUUUUGCUGCUGUGUUGCUGCUGUCUCGGCCGCGGGGUCGCCCGGACCUGGCCUUGGAGCCCCCAGCGGGAGGCGGCUGCCUUGCGGGAAAGCCUUAACAGACACCGAUACUUGAACUCUUUCCCUCAUGACAACUCCACUGCCUUCUAUGGAGUAAAUCAGUUUUCUUACUUGUUUCCUGAAGAGUUUAAAGCUUUGUAUUUGGGAAGCAAACCUGCCUGGGCUCCCAGAUACCCAGCAAAAGGACAGACACCUAUCCCCAAUGUGUCUUUGCCAUUGAGAUUUGACUGGAGGGACAAGCAUGUUGUAAAUCACGUAAGAAACCAAAAGACGUGUGGAGGAUGCUGGGCCUUCAGCGUGGUCAGUGCAGUAGAGUCAGCUGGUGCGAUCCAAGGGAAACCCCUGGAUUACCUGAGCGUGCAGCAAGUCAUUGACUGCUCCUUUAAUAAUUAUGGCUGCCGCGGUGGCUCUCCUCUCGGUGCCUUGAGCUGGCUAAAUGAGACACAGUUGAAGUUGGUGGCGGAUUCACAGUACCCAUUCAAGGCAGAAAAUGGCCUGUGUCGCUACUUCCCUCCAUCACAAUCUGGAGUUUCAGUCAAGGGUUUUUCUGCAUAUGACUUCAGUAACCAAGAAGAUGAAAUGGCCAGAGCCCUACUGUCCUUCGGCCCUUUGGUUGUGAUAGUUGAUGCAGUGAGCUGGCAGGAUUAUCUGGGGGGCAUAAUCCAGCAUCACUGCUCCAGUGGGGAGGCAAACCACGCGGUUCUCAUCACAGGCUUUGAUAAAACAGGAAAUACUCCAUAUUGGAUGGUGCGAAACUCCUGGGGAAACUCCUGGGGAGUAGAAGGCUAUGCCUACGUGAAAAUGGGAGGUAAUGUUUGUGGCAUUGCAGACUCUGUUGCUGCUGUCUUCGUGUGAUCAUGGAGUGUUUUGGAAUCCUUAUGAGACAACUACUAAAAUGAUGUGCUUCAGGUUUCAACAACUCAUCUACAGACAGAUUCUAAGAGAAAACUGGCAUUUUGUAAAGCAACAUAGGACAUUCUAUUUUUGCCAAGAGAUGGACAGCCGAAGUUCCUAGGAAAUCCCCCAGCACACUGACUGAUCAACGGAAUCUGUGGGACAGUCCAUACCUCUGAGAGUUUGGUGGGAUCAGAAGUCACAUAGUAUCUGGGAGCAGAUGGGAUUUUUGCUUGCUUAUUGUCUUUCUGGCUAUCCUAAUGAAGUACUUUGGUCAGGUUGAGUCAAAGAAGUGAUGAGAAUGUGUUUUCCUUUGUGACUUACAAUCACCAGUUUUAGAUUAGCUCUUCUAUAAGAACUCCCAACCUGAUGUCGUGUGUACCUCGCAAUUACAGUGGCCUUCUGAAAUGGAGUGCCAUGCGUCCAGAUUUGAAAUAUCAGUGGCUUCAUCUCGGCAAGUGAAGCUUACUCUAGACAGUAGAACAACUAUACACAAAGAAGAAAUGGGAGAAUCCCAUCUUCAGAGGGCCAGCCCAACUGAAGUUAAUUGAAGCACAUGACAGCUAUGUGAUAGGGAGUACCCUACACUACUUCCUGGAAGACAUAAUUUCUAUAAAGCCUCACUAUCAAGCAUCCAAAACUCUUAGCUUCUUGCGUUCUUCCCUCUGUAGUAGACAACAAAGCAUGUCCCACCUUUAUUCCCUCUUGGCCUUUACCAUACGGUUUCUAUGGUUUCCUGGUGGUUCACCUUCCAAUCUAACUCAGACCCAUUGUUGAUAUUCCAUUUCUGUGGCCCAAUCCCUUAUUUUUAAAAAAUAAGUUCUCUGACACCCGCUCACAUUGCUCCUUGUUUAUGUCCUUCAUUAGAAUAGCAGCAUUGAGAACAAAACUCCUUACUCUUUUGUCUGUACCAGUGAGAAGCAAUCUCAAACAGUUGUGCAGAGCCUGGAGUGUAGAGAAAUGGCAGAAGAAACAUUUCUUCUUAACAUUUUGAAUAAAGUGGUCUAAUUACCGGAGGAAUCCAGAGCAAAAUUUAGUUCAGCUAUAGUUUUUGUUAAUGACCUUUAGUAUGCUAUCAGCAACUUUUUUAAUACCCAGUUUCAAAAGCAGAAGAAGUUUCAAAUUUUCAAAAUGGCUGUUAUCCUCUAACUGUUCUGAAUUGAUAGCAUUUAUUAAAAAAAACCUACAUUUGAUUUUGAAUUAAAAAGAAAUUGUUCUUAAA